CCCAUCCCCUACCAAUGGCUACUACCAAGGCAUUAGAAGCUCGUUUCGAGCAUCUGUCUGUCAAAGACGAAAAUGAGAACGGCAACAACCGUUAUCAACCAAAGACCAAGGGCUCUCUCUCGACUGUGUCUUCAGGUCUCGGCUCCACAGGACAGUUGGGCAAUAACUCUAAUAGGUCGAAUCUCUUAAAGCUAGCCCUUCAAAAUACCAACGAAAACAAGGUCAACGCAAUUAAUUCGAGUUCAUCCCCCGCCAAAGCAUCGCAAAAUCCAUUGCCGGCCCGCAAUGCAGAUGAGAACGGUGACCCCCGACUCGUUGGAGAGCAGGCGGGUCCCAAAAAAUUACACCUCGGAAUGUUCGAAAUUGGCAAGCCAUUGGGAAAGGGGAAAUUUGGAAGAGUCUACCUGGCAAAGGAGCGAUCUUCGGGCUUUGUUUGUGCUCUCAAGGUCCUGCAUAAGUCUGAGCUGCAACAGGGCGGAGUGCAGAAGCAAGUCAGGCGGGAAAUCGAGAUCCAGAGCAACCUUCGUCAUCCAAAUGUCUUAAGGCUCUAUGGGCAUUUCCAUGACAGCAAGCGGAUCUUCCUGAUCCUAGAAUUCGCGGGCCGGGGAGAAUUAUACAAGCAUCUUCGGAAGGAGCAUCGAUUCCCCGAGUGGAAGGCUGCGCAGUACAUUGCACAAAUGGCUGCAGCUCUCAAGUACUUGCAUAAAAAGCAUGUUAUGCACCGUGAUAUCAAGCCCGAAAAUAUUCUUGUUGGAAUCCACGGUGAAAUCAAAAUCAGUGAUUUCGGUUGGAGUGUCCAUGCGCCAAACAACAGAAGGCAGACCAUGUGUGGAACCCUGGACUAUCUUCCUCCCGAGAUGCUCAAACCAGGCGCCCAGGACAACUUUUACAGUGAGAAGGUUGAUUUGUGGAGUUUGGGUGUGUUGACAUACGAAUUUUUGGUCGGCGAGGCACCCUUUGAAGACACCCCAGUCAUGACACAAAGACGAAUCGCUAGGGCAGACAUGGCAGUCCCUUCCUUUGUGAGCCCUGAGGCGAGGGACUUGAUCAAAAGGCUGCUCGUCCUUGACCCUGAGAAACGUAUUUCGCUUGAUGAGAUCCAGCGUCAUCCCUGGAUUCUCAAGCAUUGCGCGAAGGAUGCGAAGCGGAGCUCUGGCUCUUCGAAGGAUGAAAAAGCAUGACCCCAAGACCAAGCAAUGAAGACGCAUCCCUUAGGCGUUGCACUAUUUUGAUUUCUUUUCCAUCAGCCUACAUGGAGUUUAAUGGGUUUCAGCCAGGGCGCUGGUGUUUUUUUGUCAAGCAUUUUCGUCUCACAGGAGUUCAACGGGAAUCUUUCGGGGAAUGGUUUUUUU